CAACCGAGACGCACACUGAAGAACACACAGGAACAGCGGCGCACUCAAAGAAAAGGAUCCUCAUUGCUUUUGGACUCUUCCUCCUUUCGUUAUCCGUGGACUGUGAAGCUCCACACUCGGACGAGCAGAGGGGAGGUGACCGCACCCGCCACGAUGAACGUCACCUCGCUGUUCUCCUUCACCAGCCCGGCCGUCAAGAGGCUGCUGGGCUGGAAACAGGGCGACGAAGAGGAGAAGUGGGCGGAGAAGGCCGUGGACGCUCUGGUGAAGAAGCUGAAGAAGAAGAAGGGGGCGAUGGAGGAGCUGGAGAGGGCCCUGAGCUGCCCGGGUCAGCCCAGCAACUGCGUGACCAUCCCUCGCUCUCUGGACGGGAGGCUCCAGGUGUCCCACAGGAAGGGGCUGCCUCACGUGAUCUACUGCCGCGUGUGGCGCUGGCCCGACCUGCAGUCCCACCACGAGCUCAAGGCCCUGGAGUGCUGUGAAUACCCGUUUGGCUCCAAGCAGAAGGACGUGUGCAUCAACCCCUACCAUUACAAAAGAGUGGACAGUCCAGUGCUCCCUCCGGUGUUGGUUCCACGAAACAGCGAGUUCAACGCCAAGCACACGAUGCUGCCUCGCUUCCGUAAUCCUCUCCAGCAGAACGAGCCGCACAUGCCGCAGAACGCCACUUUCCCAGAAUCCUUUGCUCAGACCAACACCAUGCCUUUCCCCCAGUCGCCGGGCAACAGCUACCCGAACUCUCCGGGGAGCGGCAGCAGCGCCACCUUCCCUCACUCUCCGUCCAGCUCCGACCCGGGCAGCCCAUUCCAGAUGCCAGAGACCCCGCCUCCUGCCUACAUGCCCCCAGAGGAGCAGAUGACUCAGGACUGCCCCCAGCCCAUGGACACAAACCUCCUGGCUCCUCCUUUACCCCUAGAGACAAACAAUCGCUCCACAGAUGUGCAGCCCGUGGCCUAUGAAGAACCCAAACACUGGUGCUCCAUUGUUUACUACGAGCUCAACAACCGUGUGGGGGAGGCGUUCCAGGCUUCCUCCACCAGCGUCCUCGUCGACGGCUUCACAGACCCCUCCAACAAUCGCAACCGCUUCUGUCUGGGCCUCCUGUCCAACGUCAACCGCAACUCCACCAUCGAGAACACCAGGAGGCACAUCGGCAAAGGUGUGCAUCUGUAUUACGUGGGAGGGGAGGUGUACGCCGAGUGUCUGAGUGACAGCAGCAUCUUCGUCCAGAGCCGUAACUGUAACUACCACCACGGCUUCCACCCCACCACCGUCUGCAAGAUCCCCAGCGGCUGCAGCCUCAAGAUCUUCAACAACCAGGAGUUUGCCGAGCUGCUCGCCCAGUCUGUGAACCACGGCUUUGAGGCGGUGUACGAACUCACCAAGAUGUGCACCAUCCGCAUGAGCUUCGUCAAGGGUUGGGGCGCAGAGUACCACCGCCAGGAUGUGACCAGCACCCCCUGCUGGAUUGAGAUCCACCUGCACGGCCCCUUGCAGUGGCUCGAUAAAGUUCUAACCCAGAUGGGCUCCCCUCACAACCCCAUCUCCUCCGUGUCCUAGGUUUUACUCCCCGUUCGCCCUUGCGGCUGUCCAUACCCCAGCAUUUUGGUUAACGUAGCAAGAAAUCAGGCUAGCUGGUCCCAGGCUGGUUUGUGCUUCGAUCGGUCGCUCGGAGAUGUUUGAGAUGAACCACAAGCUGAUCUGGGGCCUGUUUUGUUUGUCCCACCACGCUGUUCAGUGCUUUUGGUUGGUCUUGUACUUGAAGGAUCUGAAUUGGGCACAUUUUAGUCUGGGAGAGGAUUCAAGCGACAAGAGCGUGAUGCAACUGGAAGAUACUUGAUCUCUGUGACCAACUGUAAUAAUUAGAACACCCAUCACACUCGUUAGGAUGCGUUUCUUCUCCCAAAUCUCUCCCCCCCUCUCUUUCGCCGAUCUACAAUUCUGACUCUCGCGGUGUUACGUCCAUUUUGUUCCUUGAAAUCUCGAGAUGCGUUCAUGUGUAGGAAGAUAACGGGACAUUCCAAAUCACGGAGAUGGUUGGAUGCAACGAUGUCUGAACAAAGCAGAGACUGGGAGCACGACCAGCACGACUAAAGUGAAGAUCACAAAAAAAAACAAAAAAACUAUAAACUUUUCAACAGUCUAAUGAAAUUCCGUACCAUGAAUUUUAAAAAGGGGUGGAGUUCGGGUGGGUUUUUAUUAAAUGGGGCAUGGCACUAAGGGCAUUUCAGACUAGUCUACAAAGUAUUGUAAAAUAGUUGGUCAUAUUGUGUUACUCUUGUGUCCUAAAGACUUUAAAGGGCCAAUAUUACGCUAUCUUCUGAUCUAUGUUAUAAUGUUUCUGUCAAAAAACAUACCCGGAGUUGUGUUUUGUUUCAUUCACACAUGUUUAACACACAGAUCCUGUAUACAUAGGCUGAGCUCUUCUCACAAACUGAAAAGACAUCUUGUGAUAUCAGGUUUUAAUACAAGAAGUGUUUUUUUAGGCUAUGUUUAUAUGAUGACUGACUGAACAGAAGACGCAAAAGUGGCGUUGUGUCUGCACUUUUUAUUCCGCGUUUAGACGAGAGUUUUCAUUAGGAAAUCUGCAUGCAUACGGUGAUGCAAAAGUGUGUGGAAUUCGAUUGGGUAUGCAUGCCAGACAGCUCGGUGGUGAUGCACGGCGGAGAUGUAUGUGACGUAAACUCGUAUGCAACGUGAGCAGAUCUGACCAGAGUUUUGCGUCUUCGUAGACGUAAACGCUACAGCGGAGCGUUUUCAACUUUUCCACUCUGGAGGGUGGUUUCAGACUUUUGUAAUUUUAAGCCUCAAAAACUAGCUUGAUUCAUCAGUCGGUUUCACUUUGUAGAAACCGUCUGACCUCGCAGCGUUAGAAAUCAUUUCGCUCAACAGUAGGCUGGUACUUUUUUUAAUUUAAUGCGCCACUAACGGGGCUAACUGGUAUAUUAAGCUUUUCCCAAAUCCCGUAGGAAGAAAGGCAAUAACAUCUUUCCCCUUGAUAAAAUUAAAUAAAUAAAACAUUCUCUUUGUUCUGGCUUUAAAUCCUUGAUCUCGGGAAUCAUUGCCAACACAGAAUGUCUGGCUCUUCGCUGAUUGGCUGGUGUCCGAACUUUCACUUCGGGGUUUUGCGAACUGUCUAGUGUAUUCCGAUUCCUGAACUAGUCGCUGAAGAGAAAUUAAAUUGAGAGGAGGAGCACGAGGUGGCGCCAACCUGGCUACCCAAAAACGCCGUCACUGUCUAAACAAAAGGGACUUCCGAUAAAAUAUUUUAAUCAUUUUUACCUGCAAGUUCUCUUGUAAACAGGCCCUUAAACUCCAAACACCUUCACUAGAAUCAUUUGGGUGAUUGCCCUUGAAUCUCAGCUAAACAAAAGGUAAAUGGAAGCUAUUAACUGGAAAACUACCUCGUCACGACGUCACAAAGUGUAACAGAGCAUUUUGGGCUUUGGAGAUGUAGACAGACUAAUAAUUAAGGAUUACUCGAUGUGUGAACGAAACAAAACACAACUCGGUUAAGUUUAACAACAUUAUAACGUGGCUUGAAAAUCACGUUUGCGUAAUAUUGGCCCUUUAAACAGGAGAAUAGUGUUGUCCGGAUAUACUCACUAUAGAAUAUGUGCUGUGCAUUCUGGGUUUUGCAAGGCAUAGUUUGGUAAAUGUAGAGUUACAGAUUUAAACCGUAGCUGAACACAAAGCAGAGACAAACAAUACACUGUAGUUUGUCCGUUGUUGUGCAGCAAGUAUGUCUCAUUUAGAACAGAAUGGCUGUGUCCGAUUGUCCACACUAGAGGACGCUUUUUUAUGGGUGUCCGAAAGUCCAGUGUGUAAAAAAGAAGUGCACUCAAAAUUUCCCACAAUACAACCUGAAAAGUAAUGGGCAUUGAUGGUCACUAGACUGAUCAAUAUAGACCACAGUGCAUUGCAAGAGUUGGUAAAACAACAGCAGACAGAGACAAGUGUUAAACGUAAUAAAGCAGAUUAAAGCGCUGGUUUAUCGCACUCUUGAUCCUGAUUAAUUUGAAUAAAACACAAUUAAAUAAACUGUUAUGGUGUGAAGGUGCUAGUGUUCGCUCUUUAACUUAGCUCAAGAUGUUAAAAUAUGAAUAAUUCCCACAUCUCAGACAAAAAGCGGAUUGAUCCAGUCUAUUUACGAAGGCCUGUCACGGUAACAAGUUUUGAAAGACGAUAUAUUGCUGAAAUUGUACAAACGAUUAUAUUCAGACUAGUUUAUGCUACUAAAACGAUAAACCAAGAGCAGAUUUAAACCACAAAAACUAUUCUGAAUGUACAAUAUUGUUUAAAAAAACACAAGCUGCAGAAAAUACAUAGAAGAAUGAAAUACUGUAAUUCUUAGUUUGCAUCUGUAAUGAGUCUCAGAAGCAGAGGCGGCGCUACCAUUAGGCAAAAGUAAGUAAACCUGGAGGGGCCCCCAACCAAUUGCCCUCAGUGCCACUAAUGUCCGAGGCCUCAGAGCAAUUUGAUUUUCUCUCAAUAUGACAUUAAAUGAGAGUAGUUUACUUUUAAACAAUAAUCAGAAGAAAACUAAGAAUAAUCAUAUGUAAUGGAUGUAAACAAAAAUGUAAUUGUUGCAAAAAAAUAAAACUACUUUCAGUUCUGGUUGUCUAGUAGUCUCCCUAACUAAUAAGACAACUUUCCAAUCCGCCAUAAUUCAAAUAAAUAGAGAUGUUCAUGUCUCAAGAACAAUGAGGAAAAACAGGCAAUAAAUAUAUUAAAACAAAACAACUAUUUUACUGGGGGCCCCAAACUCAAGUUCGCCUAGGGUCCCCAAAUUGCUAACUCUGCCACUGCACAGAUGUGAUUAAUUUAAUCUUUUACAGCUCAAAUCUCAUUAUAUAGACAUAAAAAAAAUAAAAAUGUACUAGUAGUGCAAAUAAAAUGUACACAUAAUAAAUACUGAUGCCAAAAACCACAUUGUUCCAUCUGUCGUAUAUUGAACGAUAAAAACUUGUGUGGUCCAUAAACACUCCUGUGCCAGUCGGAUUUAAUCAUUAUUUAUUAUAGAAAUCAAGUUUUAUCAGAGUUUGUUGGACUUUUUUUCCACCCAAAUGUAGUGAUCUGCAAGUCUGAAUCGCUUUGUGAAUGAGACACUAAAGUCCCUUAAAGAAAUAUUUCACAUCAAAAUCUUGUCAAGCUAUUUUAAAAGCAGAAAUAUGGGGGAUUAUAGGUACUAUCAGGUCCUGGAUCUAAAAAAAUGAACUUAAUAGGAGUUGAUUUGUGGCUGCACAAUGAUUUAAAAAAAAAAAUUAAGAAUUAAAAGGGAGUCUAAAAACUUUUUGAGGCGAUUGUAGAAGCUUGUCAGAGAUGUUGGUCAUCAAAAAAGUUAACUUCACGUGGAUUUAACACCAAAAUGUUCUCGGCAUCCAUUACAAAGGACUUAUUACAAAAAUAAAAUUAACAAAAUCUAAAUGCUAAGGUUUACAUUUACCUUCAAACAGAUAGAAAAUCACAAAAAAUAAAAUACUGCAACACACUUUAUUUCUUCGGGUCCCAGGAGGAUAUAUUGAAGUCAAUGUUUUAAUUAUCUUGACAGGCCGAUGUUUACGUGGGAUUCAGCUUGACGAAAACUUGUAUGAUCCAUUGAUACUUGUGUGCCAAUCAAUUUUAAUCAUUAUUUAUUGUAGAAAUCAAGUUUUAUUAGAGUUCAGUGGACUUUUUCACCCAAAUCUAGUGAGCUGCAAGUCUAAAUCGCUUUGUGAAUGACUACAAAGUCCUCUAAAGAGUCUAGGACCUUGUCGUGAAUGAAAGGUUAGGGACUGGGGUGGACAUUCGGACACAGCCUACGCGUUUGUUUUCAGGGGAGUCGACAGAGGGGGGCGCAGUCGUCUGUCGUCCAAGAGGCUUAAAAAUUGCCUCUCUUCCUAUUAAUUUAUAUCAGAGGGGGGCCCACGUGAGGAUUCUUGCCCCGGGGCCCCCCAAAUUUCUGUCGACUGGCCUGUUUGUUUGCAUUUAUUACAUAGACUGAGCAAAAACUAUGACUGUUAAGGAAACCCCUAUGUAGUGUUAUCUAUAAAAAGAGUUACUGAUGUCCAGAUGUGACUUGUUGUUUUUAUAUAAAAUGUAAAUGCAGAUGUUGCCAUUUCAUCCUUUUUGUUUGCUUUGAACAGUCCUAUUUGCUAUCGAACUCGUCACAUUCUUUUUGUAUUUUUGAAUGCUUUCUUUUUAAUCCUUUGCACUUUUACAUAUCGCUCUGUUUUUGUCCCUAUGUUUUUGUUGUGUCGGCUCAACAAAACUCACAGAAAGAGGGUGAUGGGUGAUGCGGCGAUGAACGUGGAAUCGUGAGCAUCUGCUUUUUUUUGGUCGAAUCGUCUCUAAGGCUCUGAGUGAGUGGCAGCUGGAUUUUACCAAACAGUGAAGUGAAAGUGAAAGUGAAAGUGCGUUUGACAGGUUUUGACGAGUCUCUAACUUCUACGUAAAGAUGUAACUUUUCUGGUGGAGGGUCCGUCAGAUGGUUUUCUGAAUUGAAAUGUUAUUGCAUCAUCUGGAGUGUUCCACAGUAUGGAAUUAAACCUUUCUAUCUUCAUGGAGACCAAACCAGACUAAGUUACAGGUCAGAUCUGUGGAGAGGCGACCCCGCUCACAGUGAGAAUGCCUUUUUUCUAGGUAUUUUUGAGCUAUGAAACUACUAAAACUGUGAUUUAAUAAAUUUACAUCCAUGUAUCAUUCGUUCAUUCGUUUUUCAAAAUAAAACCAAAAAUAAGAAAACAAAAAUAUACUUUCGUCAUUAAUUGUCUCCAAAACUAAAAUGAAAAAUUUAUAAUUUUUUUCAGUUUUUUGAUUUUGUGUUUAAAUGAAUAAUGAAAAAAAAUGGAUAAUGGCCUUUUCCCAUUUCUGUGACUUAAACUGCGAUGCCGGACUUUUGCGCCGCAUAUGGACCUAACCAGGACUAAAACAGAACUAAACCAGGUCUAAACCAGGUCUAAACCAGGACUAAACCAGGUCUAAACCAGGUCUAAACCAGGACUGAACCAGGACUGAACCAGGUCUAAACCAGGUCUAAACCAGGUCUAAACCAGGACUAAACCAGGUCUAAACCAGGUCUAAACCAGGUCUAAACCAGGUCUAAACCAGGUCUAAACCAGGACUAAAUUAGUCUCCAUUCUGGUCUCAGUCCCGAUCUUGUCCUGGUCUCAGUCACCCGACAGUCUAUGUGGGUGCACCUCCGGGUCCGUCCUAACACUGAGUCCUGGUUCAGUUCUGGUUUAGUCCUGGUUUAGACCUGGUUUUAGUCCUGUUUUACUCCUGGUUCAGUCCUGGUUUUGUCCUGGUUCAGUCCGGCAUCGCAGUUUAAGUCACGGAAAACAGACGUUAUCCGAGUUUUCCUUUAUUCAUUUAAACACAAAAUCAAAAACUGAAAUUUUGGUUUUGGAGACAAAUAAUGUAAAUAAACAGAAAACAGUUGGUUUUUCAUUUUCUUAUUUUUGGUUUUAUUUUGAAAAACAAAUGAACGAAUGAUACACGCAUUAAUGUAAAGUAGAGCUGUUUAAUGUCACACUGUGGAACAUUCAGGCAGAGCAAUGACAUACCCAUAAAAUCAAGCAGGUGAUGGACCCACAACUAAAAACGUCUCUGUUGUAAAUAUAAAUUAUAAUUUUACACAAAUCAUGAACUAAUUUGUGAAAAACAUGUUGAAAAUUGCAGGAAGUAGAGAGUUCAGACAUAUUAAUCACAUCACACUAGGCCAAAUUUACACUUUAGUAACAUUUUUUCUACAGUUUAAAUGUGAUUUCAACAAUUACUUUUUUUUUUUCCUUAUAUUUUUAUUAGUCAAAUUAUAAUUUCAAUGUACAUUAGAGGAUUUUUGGUUCAGUGUCUUGAUUUCUAACCAGGAAGUAAAAUUUGAAACCUAAAAAAUGAACAAACUGGAUGAAACUUAAAGGUGUAUUGUGUAACUUUUCUGGUACAGGGUCCACCACUUCAACUCCAUGUUUUCCGCAAAUGAUCUACAGUACGACAUAUCAUUUAACUAUCGCCAUGGAGACGGGCAGACCGCAUCACCAGGCCAAGUUACAGGUCAGAUCUGUGGAGAAGUGGACCCGCUCACAAUAAUGACGCACGUUUUUGCAGAAGUUUUCAGAAUUAAAACAUUUGUAAUUGGAUAAAUGCAAGAUAUAUUGGUUUAAUGCCGUACUGUGGAACAUCCCAGGUAAAGCAGUAACAUCACCAUGGAGACAAGCAGAUGGCAGACCAGAAAAGUUACACAGUGCACCUUUAAAUAUCUUUCGGUAGCCCAACCUGUCAUAGGCGCUUGAACUUUUAUACGAAGCAGAUUAUUUUAUUGACCUCCUAAGGGCAUUACAAAAAUAGUUAAAAGUUAAUUAUGAAUUGUGUAAAAUCGAAAUCGUGAUCUGGCUCCAAGGAAAUCAUGAUAUCAGUUUUUUGUCGUAUCACCCACCCCCACCCAGAAAUAGCUGUUUUAUUCCAUGAAAAUGUCAUGUCUCUACUGGAAAAAUA